UAAUUACUCUCGGUUGACUAAAAAGUUAUGCGGUCAACCUCGGAGUGAGUCGACUCGCUAUGACUCGCCAUCUCUCUCACUCUCUCUCUAGCCUUCGAUUCCAACAAAUUCAACUUUACAAACCGGCCUGAAGCAAAAGAGAGCUUGGCUGCAUAAGAUUCUUGUGAACCAGAGAUGUACGUUCCGCCCGCAUGCCGCUCUGGAACAGAACGAUAAUAAUCUAAGCGCCCCGCCAAUUUCCAUCCGAAUCACCGUUUCUCAUCUUGGCAACAAAAAGUAAGCUAUGCAUUCUCUCUCGCUCUUAAUUUUUUCUUUCGAUUUCUAAAUCUAUAAGCAUCAAAGAAAGAAAUCUAUAAUCCACGCAGACUUUCCCCGAAGCGAAUAAAACCUUCGAGUUUUUUCUCCCUUCAAUCUGAAACGCAAAAAAAAAAUAAAUAAAAAGGAAAAGAAAUUUGUUUUUUCUCUGAUUCUGGCACUUGUAUUGUGUUGUCAUUGUUAUUCUCGGGAUUGAUGAGAAAAAGGAAAUGAAAGAAAGCAAUGAUUCCAGAUUAUCUGCCAUCUGAGAGGAAAUACACGGUGGAGAUCUUUUUUCUUAAUUCCUUUUGGCGAGAAAAAUAGGAGUAAUAAUGACGAUAGAUGGAGGAGUGGGAGUUGCCGAUAUUUUUCUAUAUUUGGACACGCUCCUGUUAGUUUUAUUCUGGAAACCAAGUCCUUAGUGUUAAGUUUGGUAAUUGGAAAUGGAAAAAGAUAUGAUUCCUUUCUUUUCCUGCUCUCGAUUUUCUCGGGAAAGUGGUGGCUGCAGAGAAAUCGUUACGACGCCGUUUUUCUAUCCCAAAUAGAAAGUCGUCUGUUUUUGUUUUCUUUUUAACUGGUUACUCGAUGGUGCUACAGGAAGGGGACUAACUUCUCCCAAAGCCUUCAAAACCACAGGGGACUGGGAGUCUGGGACCAGCACCUAUACCUAACAGUGACAUUUCAUUAAUUUUGACAGUUUGCGUAAUAAAUAUUUUCUCUCGCCAAAAGCCAGUUUUUUUUUUUCUUUUUAUCAAAUUCGAUUUCCGUGCUCAGUGCAAUGCAACAAAUUAUACAAAUAUAGGAACUAGGAAGCAUGAUAAAAAUAAAAUGGUGCGGCAUUUAAUUUUGCAUUUCGUUAUUACAUAAUCGAGUAUGUUGGUUGGUAUUUGUAUGUUUGAUUAGGUGGGAAAAUAUGGUGGAGCCGAUGUAUUACAUAAGAAAGGCAGAGAGUCAUGGGUUUAGGUUGCUGGUAAUUGUGUAGUUUGUCUGAUCUAUCAAGGUGUACCUAGCUUUUUGUUGAUGAGUUUGUUGUCUUAUUCAUUGCCCGACUUGUGGCUUUGCGUUGAUGAUGUUAGGUGUGAAUUAUUGGAAGGGUAGGCUGUGUGUUUAGUGCUUCGUUGAAUAUGAAGGGUAUUUUGCAUGAAGGGUGGUAAAGGAGACGAAACUGUAAAUAAAUAUAGGAAGUUUGGUCACUGUAAGUGUUGCAGGAAACUGGGGAACACUUCCCGUCCCUACUCGGGGUCAAAGGUGACUGAUUGUAUUUUCAGAAAGGCAGCAGAUAACGUGCGGACUUUUGUGAUUUGCUUCUUUCUCUUCCAUGAUAAAAAAGGAGAUGGUAAUUUUUUCUUGGGUUCUCUUGAGGUUGGGACUUGCUUCCGUGGUAUCUUAAAAUCCGGGAAUGACUAAUUGGCCUACGGCGAUGGAUUAUUGACUCCUGCGGUAGUCUUACGUGCCAAAGAGUUGAGAGUUUCUGCUAAUGGGAGGUCGAAAUUUCCUCUCUACAUAUUUUGAGUUGUGUACUUGGGGGGGAACAGGGAGGGCACUCUGACAUUGUCUCUGCAAGGCCACUGUUUUUUUCCGUGAUUUAUCAAUCAUCUGAAUCAGAAGAGAUGCCUAGCUCUUCAUUGUGCGAGUAAAGAAGCUAAUGCCUAUUCUUGACAGUUAUGAGCUUGAUUUGUAUUAUCUGUCAGUUCUUUCUAUUGUCUUCUAACAGGGUGUUCUUAGCAGGUUGGCGUGGGGUUUGUCAAUCACUAUAAGAGUAUUUUGCGACCACCUCUCUCAGUAUUGGGUGCUAUAAUUCUUUCUGUAGUAUCUCAAUAAAGUCAACUUUAGUUUCAAGUAACAUUUUCAGGAAGCGGUGACCAGUUGCUUUUUGCAUCUUUUGGAGAAGGUAGUGUGAUAUCAAUUUAUGAGUUCAGUCUUGCUGAUGGAGUGGAGUGAAAAAUCCCCCUCGCAAUGGGAGUGGGAGAAUCUAUUCGUUUGCAAUGCAAAAGCAAAUGAGAAUUUAAAGUUGCAACCAAUAGAAUGGGCUAUGCAAGCAGAUCAAGGAAUUAACCCUGGAUGCUUUUAUUCAUCUGGGGGUGGUGGGUCUGAUCCAGACUUGGGACAUGCUUCUCUGUCAAAUAGCUUCAAAUCAGCUUCAGUAGAUUCAUAUUCAAUUGGUGAAAGUAAGACAUCCAAGCUCACUCUUGAGACCUUUAGAGAUUUCCCGAAAGAUUUUCACAGGAAGAAAAAACUGGCCAAGGUGGAGACAAAUGGAACUUCUCCAACACUUGAGCUUCCAUCUGGCUCUGGUGAGCCAUUGCUCAGUCUAAAGCUUGGUAAGCUGAUGUACUCUGAAGAUGCUUGUGUUGGAAACAGUACAGAGACCUCAAAAUUUUCUCUGACUUCCAUGUCAUCAGCAACCGCAGCUAAGAAAUGCAAGUCCAGUUGUCAGAGCACACAGACAUUGCACUGCCAAGUUGAAGGCUGUAACCUUGACCUCUCGUUGGCUAAAGAUUACCAUCGCAAACAUAGAGUUUGUGAAAGUCAUUCAAAAUCCCCAAAGGUCAUUGUAGGUGGUCUGGAACUUCGGUUUUGUCAACAGUGUAGCAGGUUCCACAGUCUGUCCGAGUUUGAUGAAAAGAAGCGAAGCUGUCGCAGGCGUCUUUCUGAUCAUAAUGCUAGGCGACGCAAGCCACAGCCAGAAGCAGUCCAUUUAAAUCCAGCAAGGCUGUCUUCAUCAAUUUAUGAUGGGAAGCAGCAGAUGAACCUUGUCUUUGACAGAGUCCCACUUGUUUACACAAGUGCUUCUGUUAGUUCAACAUGGGAGGACAUAUGCAGCUCCAAGUUUACCCAAACAAAAGAGUAUCCUCUGAAGCCUGAAAAAACAAGCGACACUGAUAUACAGCUGCAUUUUCCCCGCAAUGAAAUGCCAUGUGCCAUCACUGCAAUUUGUGAUGAUUCCAGUAGGCUUCUGUCAUCCAAGGGCACCGUAGGCUUAGAAGAACCCAUGAUCUUCACGGAGCAGGAAUCAACCCGAGAUUUCCGGUGUGCUCUCUCUCUUCUGUCAAACAAUUCCUGGGGUUCACGUGAGUCAAAACCAGCUCUACACCUACAUUCCAACCAUGCAAUUCAUUCUAGUACGCCGCAGCCUGCAAUGCAGGUGAUCCAAGGGUUCCCAAGUGCUUUGUCGGACUCUCGAGCUCACAUCUUAGGGUCUCCAAAUAAUGGGAUUACCGAUUUUCAAGACUUCCAGCUGUUCAGAUCACCAUACGAGUUCGGCUUUCAUUCCAACCAGUUGAAUUGACCUCUCAAAAACCUGGUACUGGUGGGUUAACAGACUAGUAACUUUUUCUUUCUUUUUCCUUCGGCGGUUAAUGGACUUGUAACUGUUUGCAUGCAGACUGGCCCAUCUGACUCGUCUGGGAGUUCCAUCUCCAUGGCCCAAAGUUUCUUCCUUUUUCUUCUGUUUUUCUCUUUGUUUUCAAUCGCAUAUUCGAAAUUAUCUUACCAUUAAUAAAAUAUGUAUGAGACAUAUUGCAAAGUGACUUGACGUUCAGUUAUCCUCUAAAAUAAAUUUGC